AGCUAGAGGCGAGAGGGGAUAAAGGCCAAAAGUGAACGACGUUAUAUUCCGGCGACGCCGGCGUCUGCCCGCUAGAACAGUCCCGAUCCGCGCUAGCGGAUGAACGCGGGAUUACGAACGGCCGCGUCUCAAUAGACAAGAAUCGGCAUAAAACUAGCCGUGUUCCUCCGAACAAAAUUUCGUUGCGGAUGUCUUGUGUUUGUGCGUCAAGUGAUCCGUGUUUUCUUCUCUCAUCGCCAGAUGAGAUCCAGCGUGACGCCUGCGGCCAUUCAUCAUCAACUCAAGUUCAUCACAGUGGAAGCUAAAAAUACAACAACAUAAUAGUAUACGGAAAUUUCUUCCCAGUUGUUGGCCAACAUCCACCGUCGCUAAAAGUUUAAACGAAAGGCAGCGCUUGUACAGUAACUUAUCUCAUUCAUUCAUGCCGGGCAUUAUCGUCUUCCAGCGGAGAUGGGGCGUCGGCAGCGACGAUCUCGUCGUACCGGGAAUUUCGCUGACUCUUCUCCACGCUAUCUGGUUGAUUGUAGUUGCAGUCACGCUGGGACUUGACAACGAAUCGGGCAACAACGGAAGCAUAAACGGCACAAUUGUUAGGCCACUCACGAACGAGACAGAUCUUCUGUCACUGCCCAACGAGACGCAUGACAUUCAAUGGUCUUCGGAGACGAUCAGCGGCGACGGCGAUGAUGAACAAGUCGCCGUUGUCGCUGAAUUACACGCACUCCAAAACGAAAACGACGCCUGCGAAAGUGUUCUGCGGCUCUUGCUCAUCAUCAAAACUGCUCUUUUGGGCGUGUCGCUAUUGCUGGAAAUCUUCAUGGCGUGGCUAGCUCUGCGCGGUACCAUGUGGGACGUCCAUCCUCGACGCUUUAUGGAGUACGUGCUCUACAGUCGACUACUUGUUUUAGUAGCUGAAAUAGUCUGGUCGUCGUUCAGCAUCGUCUGGCUCCACGGUUCAUACAUCGCGUGUCCAGCAGGCAUGGACAAAGAAGUUCUCUUAGGCUCGGUCAUUUGUGACUUGUGCGUGGCCCUCAGUGUCCUCAUCACCAUUUGGUGCACGUUCGACCGGGCAGGCCGCUCUUGGGUCAAGAUGACGCGUUUCCAGCGGAGUAUGAAAGAAGGCGAAACCAAAUACCACUACAAACGCUCGGGAAAUCACAGACCCAACUGGAGGCAGAGGAAAGUGAUGAGGACGUAUCAGGAUACGUGGAAUCAUCGAUGCAAGAUCCUCUUUUGCUGCAUGGGCCGCUCCGAUCAAUACAAGGAUUCCUUUUCGGAAAUUGCUCGCCUGUUGACGGACUUCUUCCGCGAUUUGGAUCUCGUGCCGACGGACAUUGUGGCCGGCCUCGUUCUGCUCAGGAAACAACAAAAGAAAUUACAGGAAACGCUAGUCACUCAGGACCAAAACGACAUUUACGAGUUCUUGUCGGGAGUGGCUGUCACUUCCAGGACACGAUUCCUUUCCCUACACGAACCCGAUCAACUAGAAGCCUUUCAAUUGACGGCCCAUUACAUGAAAUUCGCCCUGGCCGCCUACGGAUGGCCCAUGUAUCUCCUCGGACACUCCAAGACGGGCCUGUGCCGCCUCGUGUCUCACAUCAGAUGUUGUUGUCGCUGCGGGGGCGGUUCACAAGCGUCUUCCGAUGGUAGCGAAUUGUUACCUGUCGUUGUCGGCGACACGUGCAGCGGAUGUCACCUGGCCGCUUUGAAACAGUCGAUCGGCCACGUCGAUUACGAGGUCAUUUUUGCUUCGUUCCACGUCGAUGUGGCAGAAACGCCUUUCUUUGUUGCCAUCGAUUACGACCACCAGAGCGUCGUGAUCAGCAUUCGAGGGACCAUCAGCAUGAAGGACGUGAUAACGGACCUUCACGCCGAAGCAGAGCCUAUUCCUCUUCAGUUAACACGAGAUGAUUGGUUUGGCCACAAGGGUAUGGUGCAGACAGCUUCUUACAUUCGCAACAAGUUGGAGAAGGAGAAUCUACUGGGACAGGCAUUUGCUCACAAUCCGGAGAGGGGAACUCCCGAUUUCCGUCUCGUUCUAGUCGGGCACUCUCUCGGCGCUGGCACGGCAGCUAUUUUGGCUCUGCUCCUCCGCCACGAGUACCCGCACGUUCACUGUUAUGCCUACUCGCCACCUGGAGGACUAUUAAGUUUACCUGCCGCUGAGUUCACGAAAGAGUUCGUGACAUCCAUAGUCGUUGGCAAAGAUGUGGUGCCUCGAUUGGGUCUCCAUCAGUUAGAAACGUUGAGAUCGAGUCUCAUGACAGCCAUCAACAAGAGCACCGAUCCAAAAUGGAAGAUCUUGGCUUCUAGCAUGCUUUGCUGCGGCCAACGCAAAGACACCGCCUCCAAAAUGACAAAUAGUCCCGUCGUGUCCAUCGAAGAAGGGGCUGGAUCCAAAGAUGUGCCUUCUACUGUAGGCGUCCUAACCAAACAUCCAUCCGAUACCAACAUCUCACUGUCAACUCAUCAGCCACUCUAUCCGCCCGGUCGUAUCAUUCACAUCGUUAGGCAACAUCCAAAAUCAUCCGAUAGAUCGGAUCGAAGCUCUAGCUGUCCUACAACGACCAAAGAUCUUCAGCCCGAUCCAAUCUACCAGGCCCUGUGGGCCGACACUAUCGAUUUCAACGAGGUGCUCAUCUCUCCAGUCAUGGUCCACGAUCACAUGCCCGACACGGUCCUCCGCGCCAUCAACAAGGUUCUCUCGUGUCACGGGCCGUCCAAACCUCAACGAGUCACGUCGGAACCUCUGUUGAAGGAUGACCAGGCGGAUUAUCAACCCGGCCUGAUCGUUGAUGGUUCCCUCCUGAUGGCAGCCAGCAUUACUCCUUCGCCAAUCAUGGUGGCCGGCCAGCGUUCUUUUUUGGAAAACAAUAGCUUGACAUCGAUUGACCGCAGUCCAACGAUUGGCCAACGAUCUCCCGACGCCGCCAAAGAAACGCCUUACUCCAGUAGCGUUCCAGCCCAUUCCUGUUACAUGUUGCAGCAGCCGUCUUGGCUCAAUCCUCAAGUCCGUCGGGCCACGACGAGCAACUUGCCCGCUAUGUCGGCAUCCGCCGGAUGGAAUUUUAAUCCGCUUCAGCACUACCCAGCUGAUGGCGAGGAUCUCUCAGAUUGCAGUAAUCGAUUAUCGGCGCCCAUUGCUACUCCCGAAACGCUGUCGGGCGGCUCCAAUAGCUCCGUUUCCAGCCUGGCCAAACGGGCGCACAAAUUCCUGCGUAGAGAUGCAUCCGUCAGUAAAAAAAAGGAAUUACCCAAACAGUACAGCGGCAGUAGUUCAAGCGUGUACGAAAUGACUGAAUCGAGCAGCGUCUAUUGCGCGUCUCCGAUGAGUAGCGCAAAGACGACCACCGGCCAGACGCGGGCCAGCAGAGCCCAGUUGAAGCGCGAAAUUAUGCGACUGUAUCAGAGGGCCGCAGCUGACGUGGACAAGAUCGAACAGGCGCCUUCAUCAGACCAGCCUACCAGUUCCACCAGCAGUCACUCACGAUCGGCAAGCAGUUCUAGUCAAUCACCACCUUCGCGAUUGUUCCCUGUGCUCGAACCAACUUCGCCCGUCUUCGGUUGUCGUAAUGGAAGCAAUUCAGACGAUCACAGCGGAUACGCUCUCAGUCCCGUAGCGUCACGUCCUGCCACCGCUAAUGGCGUUACAGAGAGCAGGCUGUCUCCUUCGAGUAGACCCAAUUUACCUCCUUGUAACACGUCAUUCUAACGAGGAAGAAAAAAUUAUUAUAAACUGCGGGUAGCCAAAAAAAAAAAAAAAAUAUUGCUCCAGGUACAAAAAGAAAGGGAAUUUUCAAUUUUCUCCAAUAGGCAAAAAUGGGUUUCAGCGAAGAGAAUUCGGAUUGAAUGUCUCGUGUUUACGCAGCUGUUAAGAUGAAAAAAAAGGAUAUUAAAUAAGAGGGAUCGUGGGGAAACGGAGCUUGAACGGAAAAGGGAUUGCAGAAGCAUGACACUUCCAAUCCCUUUUGCCCAACGCCGCGAGAAAAUUGAGUUUCGAUCGCUUUGCAAGGAUGUCAGCAUGGCUCGAUGGAACCAGACCAGUGGAGCUGCACUUCUCAGGAGCUAACAUUGACACAUUCCCUGCCAUCUCCUUCUUCAUUCUCUUCUAGCGUCUUAUUUAAUUUGCCGUAGUCGUGGAGAUCGUUAAGUUGGGGGCCCGAUAAUCCAAAGGUUUUUUUUCGACACGAAUGUGUUCUCGUCUUACUGUCAUCAACUGUUUUCAGUUGACAUUUUAUCUCUCCGACUUACUCGUUGUUUCAUCACCGUGUUCUACCGUUCCAAUGCCAAUCUUCGUCCUUUUUCAACUGCCGAACAACUGUUCCGCUGUGGACAAAUUGAUGGAAUCAUCCUUUUGCAGCUGCUUUUUUUUCUUUUGAGUUCCAGUUUGAAAAUUUCUUUGUUUCCUGUAUUGCACAGACAUGUAGACACAAUUUGAACACCCACGACAGAAACAAACACACCCAUAAUACACGGUAACAUUUAGUAUAUCCGUUUUUGUGUUUUUUUAGUUGAUAAUUCUAAACAAUUAGGCCUAUUUUGUCUAAUACUACUAUAUUUUUGUAUACGAAUGUGCCAUUCUUUUACCGAAGCGUAUAAAUUUAUAUACUAUACAUGGGAGGUCAUGUGGAAGAUAGGGAAUCAAUGGAAUUAUUUUUGUUGGAAAUUCUACUUAUUUUCGGAAUGCUUCUUAAACUAUGUUGCGUUUCGCCAGUAUUGGUCUUAUACUUUUAUCAUUUUUAAAAAUACAUAAUUCGUGUAAAGUGACUGUAGAUUUGUGUGUGUGAAUGUUAAUAAAUCAUCCGCGAUAGGAGAUUA